UGAAAGAGCGCGGAGCACCGAGGGCUCCCCCGCCCCGGAGGAUAUAAAUACAAGGAGAGGGAGGACGCGAACAAUUACCGGGACCUCUUUACUGUCUCACCGUCAACCAGGCACACAGGAGCCCUGACACCAUGAAGGGACUGAGGAUCAUCACGUUAACCUACGUGCUCACCAUUUUACUGCUCACCACGUUCAUCUCACAGUCAUGGGGUGCACCGAAGGGCUCGUUCCAGCGGAGAAACUGGACCCCGCAGGCUAUGCUGUAUCUGAAGGGCACGCAGGGACGCAGGUUCAUCUCAGAAGACCGAAAGGAAGGAGAUGUGUAUGACACGCUGCACUUAGAGACUCGCAGUCAGAACACAGAGAAGCUGAGUGUGGACCAGGCAGCCACCGUCCUGCUCAACUUUCUGCAGCGCGCCAGAGAGGGAGCUGAUGAGAACCCAGAUGAGCUGUAUUUCCAGGAGCUGCCCGUGUGGAAGAGAGAAUACUUCUGAUAGUGUUUAUAAAGCUGCCAAGAACAUCUGUUCCAUUCUGAGCGAAGGAGAGGAACAGCUGUUUUGUAAAUAUGGAAUGAAAUCCUUUGACAAUGUUUGAGAUUGGAUGUUUUAAUAAAACGAGUUGAAUCCAUAGCAACCACCCGUCUUAGCCUGUCUGAGGUUUUCAACUUUCUGUUUGCUGUGAUCACAGUGGUGUUACAUACACAGCAUUGGUGUGGUAUCAAGAUUUGAACAUUUAAAUGACAGGGUAAUUGGUAAAAACAGAGUAACUAUAUAACACAUCUGGAUGAUCAAAUAAUGAUAUGUUCUAGGAGUUCUCCUUUAGUUUUGACAAAAACUUUGCACACACUUUAUUCUCCGAACCAUCUUCAUGAGCUCAUCACAUAGAGCUUUUCUAACAAAGAGUUCCAACAUUAUCUAGGCUGCUUGCCCUUUACUCACUUGUGUUCCACCUCAUCCUAAACCAUCUCAGCUUGAUUGAGGCCAGUGACUGUAGAGACAUCGGAUGCAGUAAUCCAUCAUUCAGUAUCUUAGCCCUUACCAGGCCUGCAGGUGUGUUUGGCUCACUGUGCCUGCUGCCAUGUGCAUGUUGUUAUAUUGUAAGGCUGGAAAUUGGGUGGAAAUUAAAUGAAAUAUAGGAUAACUGAUCAUUUUGCUACAUAUGUGAAUUUUAGUAGCAACAUUAAGAUGUAAAUGGUAGCAAAUGAGCAAAUAAAUCUGAAAACUGUUAACACCACAUUAAUGUCUGUGGAAAUUCAUCAAGUCACUCAGACAUUUAUAUACAGGUCUGACUUCAUGUUAUUAAGUGGUGGUAAAAAUGGUCUAAAAAUGUAUCAUUUUAAUAUGCUAUUAUCAAAUUGACUUGAAAAUACAGUCUAGACUGCAAGAAUCUGAAUAGUUGUGAA